AAAACCUUCCCUACGGUAACUAGACAAGUGGGAAGAAUAGAAAAAUUAUAAUAAUUCCCUAAAUGGAUGCAUGAAGACUCAUCUGAGAGAAAUAUUUGGUAAAUAUGUGAAGAAGGAAGAACUGGUUGAAGUUUUCUGGGACCGUCGAGGAUGAAAAUAAAGGAUUCUGGAGGAAAGGCAACCAGUUUGCAGUUCGCGCUCUAUGAUCAAGUUUAAACAUACCAGGACAGGGCUGUGGCUAGAAAGAUUGCUUUCCUGCUUAUAUAUUCUUCUCGUUUUGAUUGUACAUGCUUAUGGACAAACGCGUGACCACUGUGGUGCAAGCACUAGCUCAAUCGAGCAAGAUGGGUUUCAUUUUUACAAAUUUGGCCGAUCCUCGGGGCUGGAAAACUGCGUGAAUUCGUGCUGUGGAGAGGAAACAUGCGAGAUUGCUUUCCUACUUGGCUUGAGGUGCUUUGGUUUGGCUUGUGGAAAGCCAGAGAUUUGUCACAGGGUAGCAGAUCAGUUAGUGACUGCUCAUGAUCAACGCAUCGAUGAAGAUAACCAUAAACAUUAUCACACAACUUCAGGAAUUCAGAAGCAAUCUGUUCUCGCAAGCAGCCCCAAAUGUCCUCGACCCUUUGCCACGAGUUUUACAUUCCCAGUUUCAGACGCAAGUCCACAAACCAAAAAGUUUGAGAUUCUAUUCAAUGGCACUAUCACAGAAAGUGAUUGUGCAGAUCUUUGCUGCAAGACUCCUGGAUGUAAUCUUGGGUUUGUGGAAGAGAGUGCGUGCUAUGGAGUCAGCUUUAGAGGAGCCGGGAAGUAUUAUCACUCUGGUGAUGCGAAAAUGAAUAAAAUGAUGUCUUUGGCAAUGGCCAUCAUAGAUCGUAAAAGAGAGAUUUCAAGAAGUGUUGAUGAAACUGAAGACAGUACCGACAAUGACAAUAAUGACCAAUUGACAUUCAUUGACAAGAAUAAGCUUACUUCAGCUGAUGAAUACGGUGAUAAUGAUGAUGAUAUUGAUGACAUUGGAUCUGAAACUGCUGAUUCCAAAAUGGCUCUCCAUGACAAUGAUCCCACCCACAGGUCUAUAAAACAGAAAACGUUAGGAGGUGCUGCAGAAAAGAAUACUGUACAUAUCAGAGACAAGGCCAAGGAAAAUUGGGCAAAGACUGCGUCGAAACAACGAAAUCCAAUUCAAACCAAAUCUCAACCCUUAAGGUCGAGGGAACAAAGCGCUUUAAACAAGCAAAUGCACAAAUCAAAGGACGGGACCAUUGGCCAAGUAUUAAAUAUUCCUGUGGAAAAUGUACCUCAAAACAGUGGCUUGCAUGAAAAGCAAAAUGGUAUGGGAAUGCGAAACACAGCUGGAAAAGUUUUGGAUAAAACUAAGGAAAGGCUAAAUAAGCACGACGUUUUCUCCAAGUCGGGAAGAAUAAAUGCAACAAAGUGGACAAAAAGUAAAACGGUUUCUGAGGAGACUGACAAAAUAUUCAGUGAAUACAAAACUGCCUUGAAGAACAGCACGAGCAAACUUACAAAUGGACGCCGUAAUUUGAACAAAUUCGAAAAAAUGCGGAAUAAAAAUGAAAAUGUAUCUGCUAACAGAGAACCUGUCUUUGCUAAAAUACCUUCCAAUAACAAGCAAACUGCACAAGGUCACCACAUGAGCAAUGCAUCGAAGAGUGUCUCGAAGCUUCUAUUUCACAACAAAACCAGUGCAACAUUGAAAUACUUUGAAAACCCAAGUCAUUAUGAUGGCAGAAAACAACAACGUGAUGCCAAUUUCUCGUCACUUGGAAAUACUACCAGAACUGCAUUUUCAACUCACAAUAUUAUAAACUCGGCCAAGAAUCAAGUUGCGGAAGGAACGCCUAAUUUUACAAUCCCAUCUUUCCAUCCUUUAAAUAACUCAAGGAAGGGCAUAGAUCAUAGUGCUGUGGGAAAAGUUGUGAAAAGUUUUAGAAACAAUGAGGUUUAUGGCACGCGGGAUGAAAGUUUUACUAAUACCAAACCAAGGAAGACUGUGGAAGACAUGGAUCUAAAGGAAGGACAGAUCAAACACCAAGCCAAGUCUAAUAUUAGUGAAACAUCACCAGUACAGCUUAAAUUUGACAAAGAACAGUUGCCUGUUGAUAAUUCUGCGAGAGUAAAUAUAUCUUGGAAUGAAAACGUUAAUAAAAGGAAUGACAAUACUGAAAGUGAAGAUUCAUCUCAUGUCGUGACUCAUUCACCUGUUUUAGUGAAUGAGGCUAAAAGGAGAGAUUUUAAUACCAAAACGUCUGAGAGGUUCUCGCAAGGAAAGCAUCCUACAUCACUGACUGCAGAAAAACAAAGACAUAUACACUGGAAUCAGACAAUAAAGCAAAACGAUUCUAAUCAUGGUGUCCAAACAGUCCCUUGUCAGUUCAAAAGUAAUAGAACGAUGCAUGGACUACGUGUGAAUGCAUCAAGUGAAAAAGUAGAUGUUGGGAAUGAAACCUUAGAUGAGGAUCUUCAUGAAGCACAAGCUGCAAAUACCGUGCAGUUCAAAGGAACCUUAAAUACGCUACAGGUAAACUUGACAAGUAAGGUAAAAGAUGAUGAUGGAAAUGAGACAAUUGACGAACGUCCUCAGGAAGCAAAAACGGCGAACCUGCACACUAAACAACCGAUAGAUACGCUACGAAAAGGUGACGGAGUUGAGAGUGAAACCUUAACAGGGCCUCAUCCCUUGCAUCAUAAUGGAACACUGCUGUAUGUGAAUCAAACAAGGAAAGGAAAAUCUUUUAAGAGCGAUAAGACACUCGAAAAACUUCCAUAUCAAACACCUAAAUUGGAUCAGUUGAAAAACAAUAAAACGAUAAUCACAUCACUGCAAACGGAUCAAAGAAGAAAACAUGUAAAUGUAAAUGGCACAAGGAAACAAAAAGAUGCCUUCAGGGUUAAGAAUAAGCAAACCAAGAAAUAUCAGGAUGAAACAGUAAAUCACUUGCGCAUUUACCCAAGCCAGCACAGCGAAGAAGAAAAGUUUUCUAAUGUUCAUACAAGCGUAGAGACAAACAAGACUGAAAACCAUGCAGCAUCAUCAACAAAUGUUGUAAUGAAAAACUAUCCAUCAAAUUUUACGAGGAUGAGACAGGAAAGUAAUAAUUCAAAGUUUCUUGACAUCUCGACCACGUCUUCUAAUUCUAAUUCAAAUAUGACUAAGAUUCAUAAUUAUAUCAACAUGACAGAUGGUAAUGCGGCUAAUCUCAGCUCUGCAACAGUAGUAUCAGAAAAUGUUCAUCAGAUUAUUCUUCCCCGUCACAAGGCAGGUUCUAAAAGUCAGAAACCUGGAGCCAUUGUCGUCAAGAACAGUGGAGAUGCAAAAGAAUAUUGGCCUGAAAAGAAGGACAUAAAAAGUUCGACAAACGGAACCAACGAUAAGCAUGCAAAGUCUGGAGUCAAACUAAGAAGUAAGAAAGUAUUUAGACCUACUGUGAAGCGAGAUAUUUCGACAUUAGAAAGGACUGGCACGCUUAAAAGCAACAAAUUUCAUUCUGAUGACGUUGGCCAGAAAGAGGAAAAGCACCAUAGAAGUACGCAAUUGCCCAAAAUUAAUUCUAAAUUGAUGAAUCACACAAGUGAGCAAGUUAGCCUAAGCACCAAGUCUCAAACAAUGAAUAAGUCUUUGGAAACUAAACAAGCAGCCAAAGCAAACAAUGAUUCUGCAAAAAUGAAAGUCAGCACUUUUGGUACCUCGAAAGGGACUACUGACAACACCAAGUCCUCUCCUGAAAAUAGGAAAUUUGAGAAAAUCGAAAGCGAACACGACCAGGAAUCGGAACAAGUUCGUCCUCAUGAAAAAUCGAGAAAAGCCUUAACUAGUCUAAUUGAUGCUAAUGAUGCGGAUGAUCCUGAUGAUCUUGGAACAGAUGAUGACAUUCAAAUUUAUGCACAUGUUCAUGGUGUUCCAAAGCCAACUAAAGCAACAGUGGCACCUCGACCUUUUGAUAAAGCAUCUUCAACGAAUAACUCCAGCAAAAUAACCAGCAAAGAAACGAUAAAUGGAAUGCUUGAGAUGAAGAAAGUGGCACCGAGUAAUUCUACUCAAAUAAGUAAAAAAACGGAAGAAAAGGAUGCAGAGAGAAAUCACACUAUCAAAAUAACAGGGAAACCUCAAAUGGACUUUUUUCAGUCUAAAGAAGAAAGCAGAAAGCCUGCCAAGCCAUCAGUUAUUUUGAAAAACGAAACAAAUGAAGAUCCUGACGAUCUUGGGGCAGAUGAUGAAGAUAUACAAAUCUAUGCACAUCAGAACAUACAACCAACUAUUGCAACAACAGACAGGCUUUCAAAGCAUUCGGGAACUACGCCCGUUACACCAAACCAGCAACAAAGCUUGAAUGAGAAACAACCAAAAGGAAAAGCUGUUUCUGAGGAUCAACUUAAGUCCUUUUCCAAUAAAACUGAAAAGAACUUGGCAAAGAACAUUCAACCUGCCAUUGAUAAUUUGUCGAAGGGCAGUUUAAGCAGAAAUAAGACUUUUGAUGGAAUGAAAGUUUCAAGCCAAAAUAGGACUAUGAAUUCUUCGCUUCCAUCAGAACCAAAAAGGGGGCAUAAACGCCAUGGAAAAGAACACCAGAAAAAUUUCAUCACGAGCAGCAAUCACACCAAAAACACAACGUCUAGCCCUUUGAAAUCAGCUACAAAUACAAGGACUAUUCGUCUGAAAGCAAAAGCUGCAAAAAAUCAAAGAAAUGACUUGAAAUCCAAAACACCCUUGCAAGUAACGAAGGUUGUUGUAGGCACACUUAACGUGAGCCACACAAAGAAGAACAGCUCAAGACAUUUAAAGACUGUCAUUGAUGGGUCAAAGAAAGGGGUAUUAAUCCAAAAGGUGAAGAAAACGAAACUUGCCUUGUCUGGAGAAAAUGUGAAGCCAAAAUAUGUGAAAACUGAAGUUCAUAAGUUUGGAAAAGCACUAGAGAAAAAGAGAAAACACAAUGUGAAUGUAGUUAAGAAUAGAAAGGCAUUACCAAAUAAGAACAAAAUACAAUCAAAAAAGAAAACUAAACAAAGAAAGAUGUCAACGUACCACAGUAAUGCUGAAAGUGCUGUUGUGAAGAAAUCUAAGAACCAACCGAUAGGAAUCUUAAAGAAUAAGAAAAGCAUGAAGAAAAAACAAGAUAAAUAUCAAGCAAAUGUCGUGUCGAAAAAGACAAAACUUAAAAAGACAAAAAUCAAGGCGAGUAAGCACAUUAAAAAAAUCCUGAAAGUUUGUCGCGAGAAAGAAAGACCAGAAGAAAGAUCCACAUGA